AUAGUGCGGUAAAGUCACUUACAACACACUCACGUCUUAUAUCGGUUGGAUUUCGGACUAAGCAGGUUAGGACUUCAAGUAAUAAUCAGAUUUUAAGGAGUCAUGGAUGAAAGUUUACAUUCUUCACUAUCAGAAGAGGAUUCAUUAAAUAAAGAGCGAUCUUUACCUGAGGAGAACAAUGAACCCAGAACAACACAUCAGUCUGAACAGGUGGAGGAUACAGCACAGGUGGAGUCAUCACUGUGUGGAGGAGAGGAGUUAACCCUCAUCACAGAAAGCAUGUCCAUCACAUCAUCUGAUGAAGAGAAACUUCAACUCCUCAACAAAAACACUGAACUCCGCCGACUCAACAAAGAGCUGAUGAAACUGAAUGAGGAGUGGGAUCACAUCUAUCACAGCACAAGUAUAGGUCUCCAGCAGCGUGUUUCAGCUCUUGAAGAGGAGAGCUCAUCCCUUAAACAGCUUAACAGCAGACUUCUCCUCAAAGUCGAACAUGAACAGAAUAAGAGGGAGUAUUACGAGCACACGUUAAUGCAGGAACUGAAGAAGAACCAGCACCUUCAGGAGUACAUCAGACUGCUUGAGAGUCGCCUGCACCAGACUGACAUCAACCACUGGACUUUAGGGACACACAAGACCACAGAUGUUCACCUACGAGCUGCUAAGCCUUCUGUGGAUGUGCGGUCCACAGCUGGGCUUUCUGUGUCCACAAGUAUAAAAUCCGGGCGUAGACUGUCUGGCACUGGACAGGAGAAUGACAGCAAUGCAGGAAGAGAAGUGCAGGAUCUUAAGGAACAGCUGGAGGCUCUGCGGUGUCAGACAAAAAUUUAUGAGGCUGAUUAUAAAACUGAACAGAAAGAUCACGCGCGUAUGCUGCAGGAGAAUAAGAGACUGCGGCGCAGAGAGGGAGACAUGCGUCAACAGAUGGCGCUGUUGCACGAGCAGCUGAAGGUGUACGAGGAUGACUUUCAGAAAGAGCAUACAGACAAGCGGAUUCUCCAGAAGUUGUUGAUGAAUAAAACACCUGCCAUUAAAGAUCCCAUCCUGGUACAUCGCUGCAAUAAUGAUGAAGAUGUGUCCAGAACAGAGAGAAGAAAACAGAAAGAAGAGCGACGGGUCGGACACGUCUGUCCAAAACAUUGUGAACAUCACAGGCAGCUGGACUUUCCCUGAACAAAAACUCAUUAAAGCAUUAUUAUUUUUUUACCACCAAAAUAAACUAAUAUAUUUAUUUUACAUUUUUGGGUUAGAUUUAGCAAAAU